CGCGCGGGGGCCAGGACCGCCCUGCGCGCCGCCCUCGCCCGCCCCGGCCGCGUCGAGGGUCGCCGGCGGCCACGCGGAGGCGGCCGGGAGCGGCGCCGCGGCAGCUUUGGAGUGAAGCAUCAUGCUGAGCCGGAGCAGGGCUCCGUGGGGAGUGUGGGCGCUGUGACCGUGACCGUAGCCGUGACCGUGACCGGCAGCGGGGUCUCACCUGGGUCCUCUCCGUCGAGCUGCAGCAGCUGCCAAACCACCCGAACCCGGGCAAGCCCCUGACAGGUGCUGAGAGCGGUCAGUGUAACGGGAAGGAGGAGCCGAUGGCUUUAGCCGGCUGUCCAGAUUCCUUCUUGCACCGUCCGUACUACCAGGACCAGGUGGAGCAGACGUCCCCUCUCAGUCCACGAGAUCUGGCGGGACCGGGCUUCCCAGCACCAUCGGAUCGGCUCACAAAUCACCAGGAGGAUGACGUAGACCUGGAAGCCCUGGUGAACGAUGUGAACGCGUCACUGGAGAGUUUGUACCCAUCCUGUAGCAUGCAGUCAGAGACGGCGCCUCUGCUCCAGAAUGGCCAGCACGCCCGCAGCCAGCCGCCGCCCUCAGGAACAAGGUCCCUGCAGACGCCGCGUUCCCAGCCUAUGCACAUCCUCGCCGUCAGACGCCUGCAGGAAGAAGACCAGGAGCUCCGAACCUCAUCUCUGCCAGCCAUCCCCAACCCUUUCCCUGAGCUCUGCGGCCCCGGGAGCCCGCCUGUGCUGACGCGGGGCUCCCUACCUCCAAGCCAGGCUGCUGCAAAGCAGGAUGUGAGGAUCUUCAGUGAAGACGGGACGAGCAGAGUGGUAGAGAUCCCAGCAGACAUGACGGCCAGGGACCUGUGCCAGCUGCUGGUUUACAGAAGUCACUGUGUGGACGACAACAGUUGGACGCUCGUGGAGCACCACCCGCACCUGGGACUAGAGAGGUGCCUGGAAGACCACGAGCUGGUGGUCCAGGUGGAGAGCACCAUGGCAAGCGAGAGCAAGUUUUUAUUUAGGAAGAAUUACGCAAAAUACGAGUUUUUCAAAAAUCCUACGAAUUUCUUCCCGGAGCAGAUGGUCACUUGGUGUCAGCAGUCCAACGGCGGUCACAACCAGCUUCUGCAGAACUUCCUGAACUCCAGUAGCUGCCCUGAAAUCCAGGGGUUCUUGCACGUGAAGGAGCUGGGGAGGAAGUCGUGGAGAAAGCUGUACGUGUGUUUGCGGAGAUCAGGCCUUUAUUGCUCCACCAAGGGGGCGUCCAAGGAGCCCCGACACCUGCAGCUGCUCGGGGGCUUGGAGGAGAGCAGCAUCUUCUCGCUGAUCGCCGGCAAGAAGCAGUACAGUGCGCCCACCGACUACGGCUUCUGCAUAAAGCCCAACAAAGUCAGGAGCGAGGCGAAGGAGCUGCGGUUGCUGUGUGCCGAAGACGAGCAAGGCAGAACGUGCUGGAUGACGGCGUGCAGGCUCCUCAAGUACGGAAUGCUGCUGUACCAGAACUUCAGGAUCCCGCCCUCGCGGAAGGCCUUGCUCCCCUCCUUCUGCACGCCGGUGCGCAGCGUCUCUGAGAACUCCCUCGUGGCGAUGGAUUUUUCUGGGCAAACAGGAAGAGUGAUCGAGAACCCGGCCGAAGCCCAGAGCGCGGCCCUAGAGGAAGGCCAUGCCUGGAGGAAGCGAAGCACACGGAUGAACAUCCCAGGCAGCCAGAGCCCCCUCCACCCUUCCACCUUAAGUACAGUGAUUCACAGGACUCAGCACUGGUUCCACGGCAGGAUCUCCAGGGAGGAGUCCCACCGGAUCAUCAAGCAGCAGGGGCUGGUGGACGGGCUUUUUCUCCUCCGAGACAGCCAGAGCAAUCCAAAGGCUUUUGUGCUCACGCUCUGUCAUCAUCAGAAAAUUAAAAAUUUCCAGAUCUUACCUUGCGAGGAUGACGGGCAGAUGUUCUUCAGCCUCGACGAUGGGAACACCAGAUUCUCUGACCUGAUCCAGCUCGUGGACUUUUACCAGCUCAACAAAGGCGUCCUACCUUGCAAACUCAAGCACCACUGCAUCCGAGUGGCCUUAUGACCUCACACUCACUCUUGGCUGAGGACGGGAGCAAGCUGACACUGGAACGGGGCUGGGGGUUCGCACAUCGCUGAGAGCACCCGUCUGUUCUGCACCCCGGGGAGCGGGGUCCGUCGGGGCCCACCCACCAGGAGGGACUCGGGGGUUGUACUCCCGCAACAGUUAGCUGCUGUGGAUCUGACGGGGCUGCCUUCCCCCUGCCCCAAAUGCCGAACAGGCCGGGGAGGCAGGAGAACGCAACUGCGAAUGGGAGGCAGAAAUCUGGACGGAUCGUCUUGGCUGAGCCACGUAGGAGCGAGAACCAGAGACACGUGAUUGGAAAUGAACUCUUGCCCUGGAAUAAUCUUGACAAUUAAAACUGAUAUGUUUA